AUGCUACCCCGCUUCCUUAAACCUUCAAAAUCGCCUGCGAUGCCUUGCAAAGCAACCAUUCCACCCGUUGAAAUAGCCAGAGACGACACUCCACGAGAAAUCUGGGACUGGUUAUUGCGAAAACGAAAGGAGGUCCGCGACGAAUCCGAAUUGCGCCCGCAAUCAUUCAAUCCGUGGGGCGCUGGGGUAUUCGAAAGCAUCGGUUACGAAACGCGGAUGAAUCGGUGGGAAGACCAGCAAGAAGAAUUAGAAGAAGCAAGGAUAGAGCUCGAACGAAGGCGGCUUUCACAGCUAGAAACGCCAGAAACCCUUUCUGUUCCCUGA